GUUAACGAAACGAGAACGUUACGUUAGAGUGACCGUGAACUACAUAUUUAUUGUUUCUGUUAAUUAGCAAGCUAUAAUGCAUAGUUUUAUGGUGUAUUUUUGUUGUAAAUAAACGGGAAUAAAUAUUUACAAAUGUACGUCUGAGAAUGGAUUUAAUUUGUUGUGUGCUGAUCAUAUUACCAUAUAUAACAGAGGUGUACGCGCGGCACUGGUGUGAAGUAUACGACCCGGACUCCCUAGAACCGCUUCCUGAGAAGAUAUGGUGUGACACGGGGUGCUGCGGAUCCCGUAACGACACCCAUUGCUGUAGCGUUAAGUCUGAAUUUGCCAUCGUCGAGGGUGUCCUAGGUGCAUUGGGAGGAUUUUUCCUGUUACUUGCAAUAGUCAUCACGGCAUGUUGUUGCAGGUCAUAUUAUCGCAAGACCAGGAGUCACGAGAUAACUACCAUACCGGUAGGCACUGAAAUUGUCACAGUGACUUUAGCUUGGGAUUGUUCCGAUUAUGAAGAAAGGAAACUCCAUCCUUGGUGUGAACAUGGUUGCUGCUUCGACAAGAACCCCGUUCGGUGUUGUACAUAUGUUGAAUCUGUGGGCACGGUGAUUUGGACACUUGUAGGAUUGGGUUCUGGAUUUUUUGUACUGUCUUGUGUAGUUGGUAUAGUUUGCUGCUUUCGCAAGAAGGGAGGUUAUGAAGGUCAAAUAAUUUCAACUAAUGGAGGUCAAAGGCAAGGUGCGAAUUCUUCGUUAAAUCUGUCAGGGCAACUAAACAGAAAUUUUGGUACGCAUUCUUCGUUAGAUCCUUCACGACAGCAUCGUUCAAACAGUUUUUUGUUUGUGCCACGGCAACAUAACAGCGGAAAUCGUAUAAACAGAACUUCUGAAAGUCAUCAGGGCCGUCAGGGGCAUAUCUGGACUACAGCAAUUGGAACAAAUACACCAAAUAAUAGUAAUAGACAUCCGCGCGUUGUGAAUAUAAGAAACGAUACUUCUUUUCAUAUGCAGACAGACUUUGGAAACAACCGAAAUAAUUUGCAUACAAGAAGUGCAACUGUUGAAACAAAUUUAAACACUAAUUCUGCUCAACAACAAUCUUCUACACAAACCGAUGCACAAAAAUAUGCCGACCCACCACCUUCGUAUGAAAGUUUGUUUAAAUUAAAUAAGUGAUGAUAACUAGUAUGAAACGCCAGGACUGUCUGAUGUGAUCAACUGCAUUUUUAUUAAUAUGUUAACAUAUAAUAUUUACUUGUUUAAAGCUGUGUUUCUUGUUAGUAUGCUAUACUGUCUUGUCUAGUUGUGUUUUGUCCAUUUGCAUGACUUCGAGCGACAGAUAAAACAGUAUAGCCAAUAGACAAAACACAACCAGACAAGACAGUAUAGCAAACAGACAAAAUAUCACAGUUUUAAACAAGUUAAUACUGUAUGUAAACAUAAUGUCAUGACUUGAUUGUCCGUUUGACAAGAUAAUAUGGUCAGUGGACAAGACAGUACAGCAAACUAACACGAAAACACAGCGUUUAACAAGUUAAUAUUGUAUGUUAACAUAAUAAAACUACAGUUGAUCACAUCAGACAGUCCCGGCGUUCCAUAAACUAAUAUAUUAAAUUAAUCUAUCAUCGAGAACUUUCAAAUUUCUACAAAGAUACAGACAUUCUAUUCAUGUCAAACCAUACAUGAUUACAGGGCUAUACUUAGCUGAUUUUCUGCAGUAUAAAUAUUUUGAAUUACAUUUACUUGGAUCGUGAAAUAUGAUUCAUUCCGUCAUGAAUAAAUGCAAAAUGGAAGCGUUUUGUAUAUUUUCUGACAUUCCAGGAAUAAAAUAGGCCGAUCGGUCCGAAAAAAAGAAAA